AUGGUGGAUACAAGUUCCGCAAAGAAACCAGCCCUUAAUGAUCAGGAACGGGAUUUGGAGCAGCAAGCUUUCAUUGAAUUUCAAAAAGCCGACUACCAGUCAUGUCAUCAAUCGUUGCAAAAGCUCCUGAAAACACAAGACUCCAACGCAAAAGUUUUGCACAACAAAGCCGUUGUAGACUUCUACAUCAGCGAUCUUCGACGUUAUGAUCAGUUCCGGUCGGCUAUGAUACAGCUUACAGGGUUGUUGGGUGAAAUCCGUGUGAUAGAGAUUAGAGAUCGUGAGUCUUGUGCUGCGUACGUGAACCAAGCGAUCGUGCUGUACCACUUUAAGCAACCGCAGACGGCUCUAAAGAUUAUGCUUGCGGUAAUGGCUCAUUUUGAUCGGUUGGAUGAUUAUCUCCUGCGAAGGGCGGGAAUAUUCACCGUUCAUCUGCUGCUCGACACAAACCAGCCCAAAAAAGCGAACCGAUUGUUGGGAAUGCUGCAAAAUAGACUAGGCAUACAGGUGUAUGCUAUUCUGAGUGAUUCUGACGAAGACGAACCGCUGAUCGAUAAUGAAAGCCGGAAAGACAUCUCCGAGCUGCAGUUUGAGGAAUUUCGCAAAGAGUUUCGCUUGAUACUUAUACGAUCGAACUUGCUGAAUGGAAAGAAGAAUAUGUCGAUUCCGCUAGAAGAUACUUCUGAGUACUCGAUACUCAAAGGACACCAGUACUUCCUCGGAAACGACUACCAAAUGGCGGCCAAAGAACUAUCGAAACAGUUCACGAAUGAGCCGGUAAGCGUGAAUAAGCAUGGAGAAGACCAAAACACCAUUUUGGCGAACAACAUGGGAGUAAUUCACUUUUCUGUGAAACACUACGCCCUCGCAGCUCGAUUCUUCCAACAGGCGUUAUUGUUUGACAAAUCCGCUACGGAGGAUACAUCCACAGAAAAGGUGGAAGGAUCGCCACUCUAUUGUGUCGGUGCUACCAAGCGACCGGAGAUACUGUACAACCAUGGUCUCGCUUUAUUGCAUCUUCAGCGUCCAAAGGAGGCGUUCGAGUGUAUGCUGAUAGUGCUGAACUCAAACCAUAAUAAUCCGCGGCUGUGGCUGCGGCUGGCAGAAUGUUGCAUAAUGGUACAUCGGCAAGAGAAACAAGCACAAAACACGAAUAUUUCACAAGGUGCAGUAGGAAGCGGCGUGCAUCGAAAGUAUAUCUUAAACCCAACGCCAAAAACAGCCAUCGUCGACGGGCAAUCGUUGGCUAUUCCUGCCACGACACUCGAAUUCGGGGCGCUAUGCUUGCGCAAUGCCGUUACUUUGCUAGAGUUUCAUGAACCAGAACUAAUUCGGCACACAGAAAGCAGCGAUAAAUCGGUUCCAUGGGAUAAAGUGUACGAAGGUGUUCCUUGCCACCCUUCUUUGCCGAUGAAACUAGCAUCGUUCAAUAAACUAAAAUGCGCAGUAUUAGCGGCAUACAGUUUCGUUCUGAACACUCUUGGGGAGUAUAGUUUGGCGUUCAAGUACGCCAAGCAAAUGCUGACGAUUAAAGAUCUACCGCAAUCCUACUUAUUACUCUCGCACAUGUACUCGGCGGAAGCAUUAAUUAUGAUGAAUCGUCCCCUGGAAGCCAUACAAUACUUAGAGCCGAAGUUCAUCUCUGACCUAUCUGGAGAUGAUUUUGGAAUGCGCGCAUCACCCCAUUGGAAUGUCAAUUCGCCCGAUGCGGCACAAUCUGUAAUGCAAUACAACCGCGCAGUGGUGUCUUUUUUGAUCGGAGAUUACGAACAGGCGAAAAUAGCAAUGAAUAGUUGCAACCAUCCAUUGGUAGUGCCGUAUUUAAAAAUGCUGAAUGUCUAUCAGGAAUUGCUGCUGGGAAAUUACGAAAAGGUCCACGUGCUAAUUCGAUGCGAUACGCCGCAUUUCCUCUAGAGUUGUGUGUGUAAU